AUGUUCCCGAUUGUUGAUUUCGGAGACCGAAAUAGGAGGCGACAAAAGCAAAACGGAAAUGCUACAUCUCCACCAACAUCAGAGAGAAAGAAAAGAAGAAGAUUAACACUUGAUGACGAACCAAAAAAGCCAUUUUUAAUAGGUAAUGAUGAUGAUUAUUCAUCAGAUCCUCAACCAGAUCCAAAUAUUAUUACAAUUUCUUCAGCAAGAACUCAAGAUAUGACUUCAGAUGAAGAAUCAGAAUCAGACCAGCCUAUUGAAAACAAAGAAACAUGGGUUGCACGAAAUGGUUCAAAAACAAAUACAAUGAGGACAAAAAUUACGGAUGAAAAUAAAAAUGAGGAAUCCUCACCAAAAAAGAAGCGAGUAGUAAGAAGAAAAAGGAUGAGCCAUAGCGAGGUACUUGAAAACCAUAUAACUGAGCCAAACGAAAAACCUUCGAAUCUUGAAAUAAAACAACCCGAAAAUCAGACAAUUCAAUCGGGUAGACUUGAAGGAAAAUCUAUUUCUGAUGCAUUGGCUGAGGCUGGUAUAAAAGUACGUAAAGUUCCGGCCGAACCUCAACAAAUUGCAAAAUUACAAGAAUAUCAACCAAAUAUUGAGCGUCCACCGAUAGCAAUGCAAUCGUAUACAGUUAUCCGACAUAAAGGAGCUUUUGGAAAAAUUUCAUUUAAUUUCCUUAAUGAAGAUAAAUUAAUUUACCUAACAGAGCUUUCCAAAGAUGAAGAAUCCGAUAUUUUUAUAAUAACUCAAAAAGCACCAAUUGAUAAACAAAAUCCAACAUAUCAAGGCUUUGUACGUGUUUCUGGCAGUCGAAAACGAUUUUCGUUAAUCACAAAAUAUAUGAAACCUCAUGAUGAUCGAGAAGGCGCACUUUUAGGUUGCUGUUUUACAAAAAAUGGUGCAAAUCUACGACAUGUUUGCGUUGUUGCUCCUUUAACUUUAAUGCCAUAUUAUCCUGUUUCAAAGAGAACAGAGCUUUCACAUUUAGCGAAAUCACCAGAAAGACUUUCUAGUUUCCUUUAUUAUGAGACAGAUCAAAGAAAUGACGAUACUUUUGACUCGGAUCUUGUAGAAUCUUCAAUAAAGAACUUCAUAAUUAAGAGUUCUAAAGGUGAUGUCAUCUACAGACUCUAUAAAGCAUCAAAAGAUCAGUAUAAUGUUACAAGUAGUGCUCCGUUCAACACUUUAAUGGCUUUUGCUAUAGCAAUCGCCAUGAUAUUUUCCAAAAAGUAA